AUGUCGUCAGUUCCAACAGCUGAGAGCAGAAUUUCAGUUAUCCCUGGGCUCGAUGGAGACUUACCCAGUGAACGAGCAUCCCUUCCCGAUUCGUUAACGACUAAAAAGAUUGUAUCUGUCAUCAAUUCCUCUUCUAAUCUUGAAGAAGGGAGCGAUAACGUAGAUCAAAUCAAUCAAGAAGAAUCAUCUCAAAUGGGGGCACAAUCGGACAAUGCGAAAUCACCAACAGAGACAAACUGGAAUCACAGCCAUCAAGAACCUCACAAUGAUCAGGCUGGAUACACGUAUCAAGAGCAGCAAUGGGAUAAGCCCCAUGAUUCUUAUCAAUCACAAGCACCCAAACAAGGAAAAUGGCCAGCAAAGGAUGAUGAUGCCUCGAAUCACAGAAGGUUACAUGUUAGCAAUAUUCCAUUUCGAUAUCGUGAUGGAGAUUUACGAAAUAUGUUUGAGCGAUUUGGUAACAUUGAAGACGUAGAAAUUAUUUUUAAUGAAAGAGGAUCGAAAGGAUUUGGUUUUGUAACAUUUAUCAACCCGGAAGAUGCUAAAGGUGCUAAAGAGGAUAUACACGGUAAAUCCGUGGACGGCAGAAUAUUGGAGGUAAAUUAUGCGACUCCUAAAGCUUUCAAUGCACCGCGUGGACGUGGAGGCAGAGGUGGUGGUAGACGUUGGACAGGAGGACGCGGUGGCUACGAUUCCUACAGAGAGCAGCAUGGUCGUGCGCCACCCUCAUACAAUUCAAAUAUGAUGCCACCUUAUGAACAACCAUACCCAUCUCAUAUGUACGAAUAUAAUCCCCAUUAUCAGUCUUACGGAUAUGGUCGGGAUGUUAAUGAUUACGGAGAUUUUAGAGGACAUAGGCCCGGGGCCUCUGAUCAACAUUAUUAUGAAAAUUAUGGAGAUCAUUAUAAUCCAUCAUCAUACCAUCAUUUGCUUGGAGACUUACAAUCAGCUUAA